AUGAAUAAAAAUCAUAAUUUUGAGUAAGUAUGCUCAGAUAUUUGUAUUUAUCGUGAAUCAGUAGAAUGUUAGGCAAAAUCUAUUUUAAAGCCAAUUAACAAGACAAAUUUAAAAAAAGACAAACUAUUGUAGAAAUUUGCAUCACAAAUAAUAAGAAGCGAAUAAAGAAUAAAAUCUCCUUUUUAAAUUGAAAUGUAAAUGAUUAUGUUUAUUUAGAUUUCAAUAAUAAAAGUAAUUAAAUGAUAAGUGUGUAGAAAAGAUGUCUUCUGAACUUGUUUUAUCUUAACCUUAAAAGAACUUAUCUAUAGAUUUAAGCAAAAAGUAUUAAAAAUAUAAUAUAUCAGAUGGCAUUUGGAUUUAUCAGACUUAACUGAUAAAGGAGUAAGAGAUUUAAGUGAUGGCUUAUCAAAACUUUCAUGUUUAGAAUAGUUAAAUUUAGCACUGUGUGGGUAAUAAAUGAUGUUAUAAUUAUUAGUUGGGGUUAUUGGAAUUAAAAUAUUACAGAUAAAUCAUUAUCAUACAUAACUAAUGCUUUAAUGUUACAAAAUUAAUUGAAUGAGUUUAAUCUUGAUUUAAAUAUGUGGGGUUAUGAAAAUAGUAGUAUAACUGAUGAAGGAGCCAAAAAUUUAAUGGAUGGAAUAAGUUUAUUAAGUAAUUUAGGAAAAUUAGAAUUGAAUUUAAAAGGAUGGGGAGAUGGAAAUUAAGAUAUCACUGAUAAUACUAUUUUGGGGCUUUCAAGAUGUCUUAAGAAACUUGGCAAUUUAUCAGAGGUGAAAUUAGUAUUGUAAUUUAUUCAUUUCUAAUUAGAUGGUAAAAUAUUGGAAAAUAAGCAAUUAAAUAAUUAAAUAAGACUUUAGCCAAAAUGGAGAAUUUAACUAAAAUUGAUGUUAAGUUUGAAAGGUAUUUUCUAUUAUUUAAUAUUGUCCUAGUUGUGCCCAGUAAUAACCAGUCUAAAAUAAUAAUAUUGAUGUCAAACUACAAUAAAUUAAAGUUAAUGCAGUUUAAAAAAGAAGACUACUUUUCUAAGUAGAGGGAGUUAUGAUCAAUCUUGAAUCUUAAAUAAAUAAAAGGACACUUUGGGAUAUUAUUUUAAAAUUAUGA